CAGAUGAAUUCUCCAACUCCUACAUGGUUCCUGGAAAUUUCACCCGGGUCACUGAGUUUAUUCUCACAGGUGUCUCAGACCGUCCAGAGCUCCAGAUUCCCCUCUUCCUCAUCUUCCUGGUGAUCUACGGGCUGACUGUGGCAGGGAACCUGGGCAUCAUCACCCUCACCAGUGUUGACUCUGGACUUCAAACCCCCAUGUAUUUUUUCCUGCGACAUUUGGCCAUCAUCAACGUUAGCAACUCUACCGUCAUUGCCCCUAAAAUGUUGAUCAAUUUUUUAGUAAAGAAAAAAACUACCUCAUACUAUGAAUGUGCCACCCAACUGGGAGGGUUCCUGCUUUUCAUUGUAUCAGAGGUGAUCAUGCUAGCUGUGAUGGCCUAUGACCGCUAUGUGGCCAUUUGUAAUCCCCUGCUGUACAUGGUGGUGGUAUCUCGCAAGAUCUGCCUCCUGCUGGUUUCCUUCACUUACCUCUAUGGCUUUUCUACAGCUGUUGUGGUUUCACCCUGUAUAUUCUCUGUGUCUUAUUGCUCUUCUAAUGUAAUCAACCAUUUUUACUGUGAUAUUGCGCCUCUUUUAGCAUUGUCCUGCUCUGAUACUUACUUACCAGAAACAAUUGUCUUUAUAUCUGCAGCAACGAAUUUGGUUUUAUCCAUGAUUACUGUUCUAGUAUCAUAUUUCAACAUAGUUUUGUCCAUUCUAAGGAUCCGUUCAUCAGAAGGAAGGAAAAAAGCCUUUUCCACCUGUGGUUCACAUAUGACAGCUGUCGCGGUUUUCUAUGGUACGAUGCUGUUCAUGUAUGUACAGCCUCAAACGAACCACUCCUUAGAUACUGAUAAAAUGGCUUCUGUGUUUUACACACUGGUGAUCCCUAUGCUGAAUCCCUUGAUCUACAGCCUGCGGAAUAAGGAUGUGAAAGAUGCCUUAAAAAAAUUCAUGGCAAAUCCCUGUUCUUCCUCUACGUAGAUCAAUGUAGUUUUAGAACUUUAUAGGUACAGGGAGAGAUCAUUAAUAUAAGCUGCCAUUAUGUAA